AUGAGUGAUAGCACUGGGUCUUCUCCGUUUAUAGAACGCCCCGUAUCUCCUGAAAGUGCCAAAACACAGGCUAUUUCUCUCAAAUACAAAAUGAAUUCAAUGCAGAACGAGUUCGAGAUAGAGAAACUAUCUUUACAAAGAGAGGUUUCAACACUUGACAAGAAAUACAGAAGUACUUUCGACGAGCUCGAAAAGGCGGUGGAUGACACGAAGUAUCUUUUCAAUGCAAAUGUUGACUUAGAAAGUCGGGUACGUGCAAUGGAACAAGAACUGUCGAUGGUGAAAGAGCAGCGCGAGGCCCAGGUGUCCGCGCUAAAUCAGCAGCUAGCUGCGCAGAAUCGAGAAAUUGAAGACUUGCAGUCAUCGUCUCAGUCGAGGAUAUCGUUCAUCGAAAACAAAUGCCAAAAUUCACAGAUUGAGCUGGAGGGCUCUAAGUCGCUGCUGAAACGGUACGAGGAAGAAAUCGAAAUUCAGAAUCAGCAGAUCAAAGAGUUCCAACUUCAAGUGGCUCGACGAGAUGAUGAAAUUGCGAGCUUGAAAGCUUCGCGGGUUGUCAUGGCACACCAUAACUACUCUACAGAGGAGCUUACGGAAUUGACGACUCUCAAUGGUCUUUUGAAUGAACAGAUGUCGUUCUCCAAAAACUUAGAGAGAGCGAAUCUUGAGCAAGCCAAUGAAUUGAAAAAGCUGCGUAUCUCACAGGAGUCGCAAAAGUUCUUACAAUCUGAAAAUGAUCAGUUAAGAAGAAAACUGAACCGACUAGAUACUCUAGAAGUUGAAAUUCAGGACGUUCAGCUGGAAAAUGUUAAUUUGCAAUCUCAAUUAUCUUUUUGGAAUAGUUUCGAAGCAACAGACGGUAUUGCCAUAAAAACACCGGAAGAUGUAGUCAGGGAGUGGAAGUUACUCAAAGUUGAAAAUUUGAGCAUUGUUAAUGACAACUCCAAAUUCCAGCUCGAUUUGAACAAUAUUCGUGUUCUCAACGAUGAAUUAGCAUUGGAACGCAAUCAACUGUUGGAUCUUAAUAAGAAUUACGAAACGAGCAUCCUAAAUUUGAAGAAACUAAACUAUGAGAUCGAACAGCAGAAGCUUCUCUCAUUCGAGGAAUGUAAAAUUCUCAGAAAUCAAUUAAACGAGUUACCACCAAUGUUUGUUGAAGGGGGAGAAAAGAGCCCCAAAAACAAUGAACCCCUAGAAGAACUGGUACAAAAUUACAAAAACAGAACUGAAGAUUUGACCAACGAACUCAAAAAGCUGAAUAAAGACUUGAUGGAUAAAAGCAGUGCUCUACCUCACAAGAAACGUAAAACCAGUGAUGAUGUUGCUUUAAAUUUUUCUCAGCGAUUGAACGAAUUACAGCUUCAAAACGUGGAGCUGAAUCGCAAACUAUCCAAUUCCACAGAAACCAUAUCUCUGCUGGAAGCCAAAUUUAAGAAGCUUAAAGAAUUGGAUCAAAAGAAAGUUCGCAUCUUGCAACUCAGAGACAAUCCAUUCCUCAAAGAUCAAGCGGUAAAACGCAAACGUCUCGAACUUUUGCUGACUGAAAACGAAGAACUUAUAUCCAUGCAUAGCCUGCCGACUCAAGAUAUGGUUCCAAGAUCGCUUUAUGAAAGACUCCGGUUUGAUGUUACGCAACUGGAAAGUGAGAUUUUCAAGCUCAACAAGAAAAUUACAAGACUUCGCGAGGUUUUCAACAAAAAGUCUUUGGAAUUUAUAGACGUUGUCAAUUCUUUAUUAGGAUUCAAGUUGGAAUUUAAAUCUGAUGGUAAAGUCAAAAUGAUUCCAUGCUACAAGCCGGAAAGAUACUUGAUAGCCGACUUGAACAAUAAUUCCUUGAAGUCGAACCUUCAAUCUGACAUUGAUAGUUGGGAUGCUCUUCUUCAGGAUCUAGUCUUCGAAAAGGGACAAAUGCCUUCUUUUCUUGCCACGGUAACUCUGAAACUCUGGGAACAACACCAAAAAUAA